AUGGCCCGUAAGCUCUCCUUCUCCCCUCCCCUGCUCCCUUCUCCCUCCCCCUCCCCCUCCCCCUCCCCCUCCCCCUCCCCCUCCCCCUCCCCCUCCCCCUCCCCCUCCCCCUCCCCCUCCCCCUCCCCCUCCCCCUCCCCUCACUCAUCCGCUGCUUCCCCUGCUGCGGGUCCGGUCGUGUUCGAUCCUCAGGUCGUGCUAGCCGCGCCGAUCUCCCGCGUGUGGGCAGCGCCCGCCAAUGCGGGGGCGAUGAAGUCUGCGCUCAUCUACCUCGUGGGAGCAGCGCUUGCCAAUGCAGGGGCCGUAGAGGGAUGGGUGCUUGCAGCGCUUGCCAAUGGAGGGAUGGGUGCUUGCAGCGCUUGCCAAUGGAGGGAUGGGUGCUCGAGGCUUUCCAUCCCCCUCGUUUCCAAUGCUCGCUCCUUCCCUUCUCCCCGUCUUUCCAAUGCUCGCUCCUUCCCUUCUCCCCGUCUUUCCAAUGCUCGCUCCUUCCCUUCUCCCCGUCUUUCCAAUGCUCGCUCCUUCCCUUCUCCCAGUCUUUCCAAUGCUCGCUCCUUCCCUUCUCCCCGUCUUUCCAAUGCUCGCUCCUUCCCUUCUCCCCGUCUUUCCAAUGCUCGCUCCUUCCCUUCUCCCAGUCUUUCCAAUGCUCGCUCCUUCCCUUCUCCCCGUCUUUCCAAUGCUCGCUCCUUCCCUUCUCCCCGUCUUUCCAAUGCUCGUUCCUUCCCUUCUCCCCGUCUUUCCAAUGCUCGCUCCUUCCCUUCUCCCCGUCUUUCCAAUGCUCGCUCCUUCCCUUCUCCCCGUCUUUCCAAUGCUCGCUCCUUCCCUUCUCCCCGUCUUUCUCCCCUUCCCUCCCCUCCCCCCACCACAUCAGCCGUUCGUGUUCGGGCCGCGGGUCGUGCUAGCCGAUCUCAUCUCCCUCGUCGGGGCAGCACUCGCCAAUGCAGGGGGGAUGAACCGUUCGUGUUCGGGCCGCGGGUCGUGCUAGCUACGCUCAUCUCCCUCGUGGGGGCAGCACUCGCCAAUGCGGGAGGCGUGGGGGGAGGCGGCCUAUUCGUGCCCAUGUUUAAUCUGCUGCUGGGAUACGACGCCAAGACAUCCAUUGCCCUCUCUAAAUCGAUGAUAAUGGGGGGUGCGUUGGCAAGUGUGUGCUUCAACGUGCAGCUGAAGCACCCCACGUUCCACCAGCCCUUGAUAGACUACGGCUUGGCGCGCCUCAUGCAGCCCACGCUGCUGCUGGGCAUCAGCGUCGGCGUCACAUGCAACGUGAUUUUUCCUCCAUGGCUCAUUACAGUCAUGCUCUUCCUGCUGCUGCUCUUGAUGACGUACAAGACGCUGGAUAAGGGUGUGGCCAUGUGGAUGAAGGAGUCCCAGGUGGCACACCAGCAUUCUGCUGUGAGGGCAACCCCUCUCCCUUCCUUCAGCGAUUCCUCGCCCCCCCGCCCCAUCGUCCCGCAGCUGCUCCCAUCAGACCGAACCACCUCGCUGCCCUCCUCCUGCCUUUAUUUGAGGCGACCUCUCUUGCUCAUAUUCCUCUCUUCCCCCCUCCCCGCAUCCCUUCCCCCAGCGCCCCCCCGCCCCAUCAUCCCGCGGCUCCUCCCAUCAGACCGCACCACGUCGCUCCCCUCCUCCUGGUCUGACGUGCUCCGCCUCUCCGCUUCCCUGCACGCCCAAUCCCACGCCCACUCCGUGCGAGCCCUCUUUGACUGCGAGAGUGUGGGCGAGCCAGCAGAGUCCAGCCUCCACGGGGCUGUGGGCCGCGGGAGUGGCAGUGCCGGUCGCAUGGGUGGUGGCGGGUUCGGUCUGUCCGCUGCUCUUGCUGCUGCUUCGGCUGUUGCUGCUGGGUUGGAAGAUAAUGAUGAUGAUGAUGAUGAUGGUUUUGGCGGUGGUUUUGGUGCUGGUGAUUCUGCUGCUGGUUCAGGUUUUUUCUCAGGUGGAAUCAACGGAGGGGUGCGUCUGGACGUGCCCGGGCAGGGGGUAGAGGAUGGGGAGUCAGGUGGGGCGGAGAGGGGAGGGGAGGAGGGACGGAAGGAGAAGGAGAAGAAGAGGGCUGGAACGAGGGAGGAAGUGCGAGGGAGAGAGGGUGAGAGGCCGCAGCAGGAAGCUUCCUACCCGUCUGCUGUUUCUGCUCCUUCAGGGGUUGACUCGGCAUCUGAUUCAGAGUCCCAGGACCAUUCUAAGGUUGCUGCUGCUUCUGGGGGGCUCACCGCCCCGUUGCUGCAGCAGCCAGAUGCAUCAGUAGCAGGGGAUGGAGCGGCAGGAGGAGGAGCAGGAGGAGGAGGUGGUAGGGGAGGAGGAGGAGGAGGAGGAAGGGGAAGUACGGCGCAGGGGUCUGCAGUACGCACCAAGAGUCUAAUGGAGGAGCUUCACUUUGGAGCCCCGCUUGAGGCGUCGCUCUUCCAGCUGGUGGACUGGCGGUCAGUUCUGGAGCUCCUACUCGUCUGGUUGGCCUUCCUCGCCCUACAGCUAGCCAAGCAGCACACGCCCGACUGCAGCCGCCCCUACUGGCUGCUCAACGCGCUGCAGAUCCCCGUUGCUCUGCUCGCCACCCUCGUGGGCGCGUUCCGCCUCUACCGGCAGAGCCACCCGUCUCCCAGGAGAAACUCCAGGGGGCGUGCUGCUGGUGCUGCUAGCGCCGCUGCUGGUGCUGGUUCUGCUGGUGUUGAAGCUUCGGAGCAACAGCAGCAGAGGGAGGGUGGCAGCAGCAGCAGGGGAGAGUACCACACAGCGCACUGGGGCAUGCAGCAGCUGUGGGGGUAUCCGCUGUGCUCGUUCAUUGCAGGGGUGAUGGGCGGGCUGCUGGGCAUAGGAGGCGGCAUGGUCAUGGGCCCUGUGCUGCUCGAGCUCAACCUGCCUCCUCAGGUCACGGCAGCGACCACAACCUUCAUGGUGGUCUUCUCCUCGUCACUCUCCGUGCUCGAGUUCUACCUCCUCGGCCUCAUCCCCAUCGAGGUUGCCCUCGUCUUCGCCGGAAUCGCCAUGGUUGCGGCCUUUUCUGGCCUUUCCAUUGUACGCGCUAUUGUCAUGCGCUACGGCAAGCCGUCGGUGAUUAUUUUCGCCCUCGGCUCGGUCAUCGGGCUGAGCGGGAUUAUUCUCGGUGCGUAUGGUGGUGUGAACACGUACUAUGAUUGGAAGGCUGGCGCGAACAUGGGGUUCCGAGAUCUCUGCGCUAGAGAGUUUUGA